UAGCAUAUAGUGUCAAGAAAAAGAAGGCAAAGAUGGUUCGCGCGAGCGGCGAUUUCUAUGGCUGGAAACAAACCCAUGCGAGACGAUAGAGGAACUUCGAAAUUAUUUUAAACUCUUGAUUUGAAGAUAGACGAGGGAUACAAUUUUUCAAAAGAGUGUAAAACAUGUCGGAUAUGCGUCGAGCCUCGUCUGUCCCUUCAGAAGACUAUUAUACAAAGUCGAGAAUGACAAACGCACGAACCAGCAGAUCGGCUUCAAUUCAGGGAGAUUCAACACCGUUGACUUUGGCCAGUUUUAUCACAUCUAACAGAUCAUUAUUUAUACUCUCGGAACGGAACAUCAUUCGACGAUUCUGCAAGAAAAUCGUGGAAUCUAAACCUUUUGAAUAUUUUAUUUUGUUGACUAUUCUUGUCAACUGCAUUCUACUGGCUGCAAAUACUCCAUUACCAAAAGGCGAUAAGUCCGACACAAAUAUUGUAAUAGAUAACGCAGAAAUAUAUCUUCUAGCAAUUUUUUGUCUAGAAUGUGUACUGAAAGUAAUAGCGCUUGGAUUUGUGCUUCAUCCUGGAUCAUAUCUACGCAGCGGAUGGAACUUGCUAGAUUUUACCGUAGUCGUAACAGGUCUUUUAAGCUUACCACAGCUCAACGUGGGAAUAGAUGCAGGCAGUCUAAAAGCUUUGAGGGCUGCGAGGGUCUUAAGACCUUUAAAACUAGUAUCGGGCAUACCAAGUCUUCAAGUGGUCAUGAAGUCUAUAAUGUGUGCCAUGUUGCCGUUGUUGCAGAUUUGUUUACUUGUAGGAUUUGUUAUCAUAAUCUAUGCGAUAAUAGGUUUAGAAUUUCUAUGUGGGAAGUUUCACUAUGCUUGCCAUUUGAAUGACACAACAACAGGCCAGCUCACACUUCCAGGUGAACCAGAGAUAUGUGAUUUUGAGAAAAAAGGUGGCAAGAGCUGCGAAGAUGGUUAUGUUUGUACGAGGUUCUUUCAAGGUCCAAAUGAUGGUAUAACAAGUUUUGACAACAUAUUUGCUGGCUGUUUAACUGUAUUCCAAGUAAUAACUAACGAAGGAUGGACAGAUAUCAUGUAUUGGACUUUCAGUGCAUAUGACCAGCAUGGCUACUACUUCUGGUUAUAUUACUAUUCCCUGGUUAUUAUAGGAUCGUUCUUUAUGCUUAACUUAGUUCUUGGUGUCCUUAGUGGAGAAUUUGCUAAAGAAAGAGAAAGAGUAGAAAACAGAAGAGCAUUCCUUAAAGUUAGAAGAACAAAACAGAUGGAGAGGAUGCUUCAUGGCUACCUCGACUGGAUAAGCAAAGCUGAGGACUUAAUGUUAGAAGAGGACGACGAAGGAGAACGAAAUGUCGAUGUAUUACGAAGACGGAACUUAGAUCGAGUUGAGGAUGGCGACGUAGCUAUGACGUCACAGGUGCUGACAGGAAAUGGAGGAAAACGACACAGACUCAACACCGGACAAAAAAGGACGUUUUGGCAAAGAUUUAUUAGGAAAAACAAACGAUGGAGGAUCCGUGUUCGUCAAAUAGUCAAACAUCAAUCUUUCUACUGGGCAGUCAUCAUCUGCGUCUUUCUUAACACGGUCACUGCAGCCUGCACACAUUACCAGCAACCAGAUUGGCUCACAUCCUUUCAAGACAAAGCAGAGGUUAUAUUUAUUUCAUUCUUCUUCAUGGAGAUGGUUCUAAAAUUGUAUGGUCUUGGUCCUCAACUCUAUUUUAAAUCCCAGUUCAAUACGUUUGACUGUGUGGUCGUCUGUUGUGGUAUAAUGGAACUUAUUAUCAAAGCAGUCGAAGGAAUCGAGUUGGGUAUUUCAGUCCUUCGAGCUCUAAGACUCCUAAGAUUGUUUAAAUUUACAAGAUACUGGUCGUCUUUGAGAAACUUGGUCACAUCGUUGUUAAGCAGUGUUCGCUCAAUCCUCAGUCUGUUGUUCCUUUUGUUCCUCUUCAUCGUCAUCUUCGCGCUUCUGGGAAUGCAAAUCUUUGGAGCAAAUUUUCGCAACCUGCCUGGCAGAUCUGGAAAUCCACGUACAAACUUUGAUGAUUUCUGGAACGCCUUUCUUGCUGUUUUCCAGAUCCUAACAGGUGAGGACUGGAAUGCCGUGAUGUACGAUGGUGUAUUAUCCCAGGGAUGGCUGGAUAACAACGCAGCCACUGCACUUGCAUGGUCUUUAUACUUCGUCUUGCUUGUGGUGCUUGGAAAUUAUGUUCUUCUCAACGUUUUCUUGGCUAUCGCCGUCGAUAACUUGGCAAACGCUCAGCAGUUGAACGCAGAUGAAGCCGAAGAAGAAGAAGCUCGAGAAGAACGAAAAAGAGUCAUCAUGGAACAGUUUCAGGACUCUAGAUUUUCUCCAGGAGAAGCCGGGGUCCGAAAACUCUGUCAUUGGUUAGUGAACCUUCGCCACUUUGACAACGUCAUCCUGAUUAUCAUCUUGAUCAGUAGUUCUCUGUUGGCGCUCGAGGAUCCUGUUGAUGAGAACUCUAAACGGAAUCAGAUUCUUACAUACUUUGAUUACGUAUUCACUACGAUAUUCGCAAUGGAGGUGGUUGUCAAGCUAAUCGAUUAUGGAGCUAUACUUCAUCCUGGUUCGUACUUCAGAGAUGCAUGGAACUGUAUCGAUGCGUUGGUUGUCUCUUGCGCUAUUGCUUCUCUUGUCCUGGGCAACGACAAGGAAAAUUCCGACCCUCAGUCCAUGAAAACCGUCAAAGUUCUCCGAGUUCUUCGUGUGCUUCGUCCUUUAAAGGCCAUCAACAAAGCCAAGAAGUUAAAAGCGGUGUUCCAAUGUAUGGUGUUCUCGUUGAGGAACGUCCUCAACAUUUUAAUCAUUACACUUUUAUUUCUGUUCAUCUUCUCUGUCAUUGGUGUUCAACUGUUCCAGGGUAAAUUUUCUGGCUGUUCUGAUAUAUCAAAAAUGGAGGAAAAGGACUGUCAUGGACAUUAUUUUGAAUACGAAGACUAUACCGACUUGUCUAAAGUGGAAGUUAAGCCAAGAGAAUGGGCUAAAGAAGAUUAUAACUUCGAUAAUGUGUUCAAAGCCAUGUUAGCCUUGUUUACGUCAUCAACAGGCGAGGGUUGGCCAGCUCUCAUGCAGAGGUCUAUCGAUGCCACAGGAAUCGAUCGCGGUACAAUCGUAGACAACAAGGUCGAGAUUUUUCUGUUCUACAUUUUCUUUGUCAUCGUCUUCACAUUUUUCUUCUUGAACAUCUUCGUGGCCUUGAUUAUUCUGACGUUCCAAGAGCAAGGAGAAAAAGAACAGGGAGACUGCGAGCUGGAUAGAAAUCAGAGAGAUUGUUUACAUUUUGCAAUGGUGGCAAAACCAAGCGAAAGAUUUAUGCCUGAAGACCCUAAUACCCUCCAAUACAGAGUGUGGAAGAUAGUUGACUCUAGACCAUUCGAGUACUUCAUCAUGACACUGAUUGCACUCAACACUCUUAUCCUGAUGAUGAAGUUUGACAACGAGCCACCGAUAUAUCGCUUCUACUUGAACUUAUUCAACAGUAUAUUUACCUUUAUGUUCACGGCAGAGGCGAUCCUCAAACUAAUUGCAUUCAGAACGAAUUACUUCCGUGACAGUUGGAAUGUGUUUGACUUCGUGGUGGUGCUGGGAAGUCUGCUCGACUUUACUUUGGACAAAGUCAUGAGAGACGACGAAAAGCUUCCAUUCGACCCCAGUCUCUUCAGGCUUUUCCGUGCUGCUCGUUUGAUCAAACUGUUACGUCAGGGGUACACUAUCAGAAUUCUACUUUGGACUUUCCUACAGUCUUUCAAGGCGUUGCCAUAUGUCGGCAUGUUGAUUGGGCUUCUCUUCUUCAUAUACGCUGUGAUUGGAAUGCAGCUGUUUGGUCAAAUCGGACUCGAAGCUUCUGAUGACCCUUGGGGCCAGAUCAAUCCAGAUAAUAACUUCCAGUCGUUCACUCAAGCAAUUCAAGUCUUAUUCAGGUCAGCCACGGGCGAGAAUUGGCACGUCAUUAUGUUAGCAUGUGCGAGUGGAGCAGAAUGCGACGAGAAAGCCGGCAAACCAGAGGACGAAAAGUGUGGCACAGACGUUACCUAUGUCUACUUUAUUUCUUUCAUCUUUUUCUGUUCUUUCUUGCUGUUAAACUUGUUCGUAGCCGUCAUCAUGGACAACUUUGAAUACCUUACUCGUGAUGAGUCGAUCCUUGGUCCACAUCAUCUGGACGAGUUCGUCAGGGUGUGGUCAGAAUAUGACCCAGGAGCCACUGGUCGAAUCAAGCACACAGAGGUUUGUCAACUACUGCGGCAGAUGUCGCCUCCUGUGGGAAUCGGCAAAAAAUGUCCUAAGAUCGUGGCUUACAAGCGUCUGAUUAAGAUGAACAUGCCUUUACAUGCUGAUAACACAGUCAGUUUUACUGCUACUCUAUUCGCACUCGUACGAACGUCACUCAAGAUUAUGACUGAAAAAAAUAAUUUAAGAGAGAAUGACAAAGAACUUCGUGCGAUGUUAAAGCGAGUUUGGCCAAAACUAACCAAGAAAACCUUAGACAAAGUUGUUCCUAAACCACCCGGUAUUAUUAACAAUGCCAAUAAGGACAACAGCCAACAACCGAUGACCGUCGGUAAAAUCUACUGUGCUAAACUGAUUUAUGAAAAUUAUAAAUUCCUCAAGAAGAAGGGACAACCACCAGGGGAUCUCGGACCGCAAGCACCUUUGUUAGGACGCGUUGUUGGAAGCCAAAUGUUCCAACAAAUGAGGAAGCAACAGGACGAUGAAGAGGGAGAGCAAAUUCACAUGCAGGAUAUCACGGCGUCCAUACCAGAUGGACCCGUAAUGUACCGUACACCAUCAACACAGGGAGUCAACCAACAAGGAAUGCCACAGGAAUAUAUGGGUCGCCAAAGAUACAACGCACAGCAAACACCACCAACUCGUCAGUCAACAACAUCCCUCAACGAUGGCCGGGGACCCGCUGUUACUACUGCUAUCGUCUCCCGUACACCGCAGAGACGACAGUUGCCUCAACCACCAAUGCAGCCGGGACCGGGACAAUAUCGUACAGGUUCACAACUAUCUCUUACGGGAAAAGGACUAGGAAUGCCGGAUAACCGGGGAGAUAGCGUACUGGAAAACGGUUAUCAGCCGAAUAUGAAUCAACAUAUAGCGAUGGCGAUUCGAAGUGGUCAAAGCCCUUAUGCUAUAUACGGACUAGAAGAUACGGGGGAGGAUGACGAUUGGUGCUAGUAUAAACAAUAAUUGAAAAUUAAAAUUUUGGAGCUUUCCUCUUCUGGAAGAAAAAAUCAUGUUUUGUGUCUUCACACGUGGUGACUACGACCAUGCAUUAAUCUCGCUGGUGCGUGCGAGAUUCAUAACAAGUGGUAAAGAAGAGAAGUUAUGACUCAAAGACAACAUAAACAAAUAUCGUUAACUUGUUACAAAUUGAGAGAACAAGUAAGAUAAAAUUUUCUACUGGAAAACUUCCACAUUGGUCGUGAAACCAAUAAAAUAUUCAGUGAUUUGGACGUUAAAAGCAUAUAAUGUACCUUCAAGAGCUCUUCUACGUCAAUCAAUAUAUUGUAAACGUCAUCAUCACCAUGGCAACGCUUUUGGAAUGAGUUACUUUCACUGGCUUGGGACUCGAUGCUCAAAAGGAGAGAUCUAUGGCUUGUGUGAUCAAGAGUUUGCCAAUGUUUUAUUUUAUAGUGAACAGGUAAUUGAAGUGUUAACAGCGCUUAUUUGGAGAUGAUUGAUUUGAUUGGUCGCUGAGAGAACCGAGAAUUGAUUCACAUCAUCAACUUAUGGCGGGAAAAUUGUAAGGAACUUUGGUGGCAAUUCUCAAAGUAUCAUAUUCAUUGAAGGCAGCAUUACGAAGAAAAAUAGGAUGCGACCAAAAAUCAUCAAAUUUGACUGUUUUUUAAUCAAAUAUUGCACAAAAGUAGAUUUUUAGAAUUCGCUCUCAAGAAUUUUGGAGACAUUUCCACAAUCAACCAUUGAAUGAGUUUCGCAUGACAUUUAAAUGCAAAAUGAGUUACAUAACAAAUGUGAUAAAAUAAUGUUGCUUUUUUUUAUUAUUCCAUAUAGCAUUAUUAAUAUUAUUAUUAGAUUUUAAUGAAACUAUUAACAAAAAUAAUUAUGAAAGCAUUCAGUUCUCUGCACAAGAAACUGCAUUGCAGUUUUUAAAACAUUCAUUGGAGUGUAGUGUGUUCGCGGUAUUUGCCUGUCCACUGUACAAUUAAGGCAACUCACUCCUCUCCUUAAGCAAAAGCAAAAAGGCAUUGACUCACUACUAUUAUCGAUAUAAAGCACCAAACACCAGGAUAGACAAGGUUAACUAACUAACUAUUGAACAUUAUUUCCAGAAUACGUGCUCUUAAAAUUCUCUCUCAGUACAGUACCCAGAGUCCUUAUCGUGCUUGCAUUCCUCGCGUUGCAUCUAGGGUAAGGCCUGGAAACUUCUUUUUGUUAAUAUACCAUUAGAUAGGAUGGUGUUUUAUCAAGCACAGAAARAUUAAUAAUAAUUCGAAAAAUACAUUUAUUCGACCAAUUUCGUUGUUACAUAGUUUUGCAAAAAUA